AUGGAACUGAUCCUACGUCUCUCUCUCCCGUUCUCUCGUGUCAACGGUAGGGCUCGUCGCUACGCUGCGUGCAUUUAUGUAGUCAUGCCUUGCCAUCAAUGGCGCUGGUCUCCUUCCAUGCAGCUGCAGCAUUUUAAAUUUACUGUUCUCUUGCUCUCCUUCAACUGGGCAAUUGCUUGGCCUAACAAUCAGAUAGAUGUAAGCAGUGUGGCAUACUCCGCGCCAUUUUUAAUGAUGCACUUGUAA